GAAGACUUUUGAGAAAGGAAGGUCGAGAGAUAAAUAUAAACAACACCUACCCACCUAUUUGGCUAGCUUUUCAACAGCAGCCUCAAAAACCCCUCAAUUUUCCCCUGUUUCCCACUGUAUCCACCACAUGGGCAGCACCCUUUUAGAAGCUCUCAACGUCCGCGUGGAAGGCUCGGGGCAGAAGGUCCUCGUCCUCGCCCACGGCUUCGGCACCGACCAGUCGGUCUGGCAGCGCAUUCUCUCCUCCUUCACGCCCUACUACCGCGUCAUUCUCUACGACCUGGUGUGCGCCGGCAGUGUCAACCCCGAUUACUUCGAUUUUCGCCGCUACACCACUCUCGACGCCUAUGUCGAUGACUUGCUUAACAUCCUCGACGUCCUCGGAGUCGAUCGCUGCGCCUACGUCGGCCACUCCGUCUCCGCCAUGAUUGGGAUUUUAGCUUCCAUUCGCCGCCCUGAGCUCUUCACCAAGCUUGUUCUUGUCGGCGCUUCUCCAAGAUUCUUAAACGACAGAGAUUACCACGGCGGAUUUGAGCGAGGCGAAGUUGAGGAAGUGUUGUCUAAAAUGGAGGCCAAUUACGAGGCGUGGGUCAACGGGUACGCACCAUUAUCCGUCGGCGCCGAUGUCCCGGACGCGGUUCGGGAAUUCAGCCGUACCUUAUUCAAUAUGAGGCCAGACAUAUCCCUAUUCGUCUCGCGCACCAUUUUCAACAGCGAUCUGAGGGGCGUGCUGGGCCUAGUCAAGGUACCCUCUUGCAUAAUUCAGACCGCCAGGGAUGUGUCGGUGCCGGCGUCGGUGGCCACGUAUCUGAAGGACCAUUUGGGCGGGCGCAACACCGUGGAGGAGCUCCACACCGACGGUCACCUGCCCCAUUUGAGCGCACCCACGCUUUUCGCCGCCAAGCUCCGACGAGCCCUCUCUCGUUAGGUUCUGACUAAGUGUGGGGUCCUGAAAAAAAAAUGUAAUAAGGGUCGAGAUCUCGGCACCUGGCGAAUAAUUUGUGGACUUCGGAUUAUAUGAUCUACAAGAGGAUAAGAGUCACCACGUGAUAAUCACGUGAUGACGUAUCCUUUCCUUUUCUUUUGUUGGUUUUUGUUUUGUUUUUCGAAAUUUUUGGGGUGUUCUUGUUGAUCUUUAUUUGGGCAAAAUCAACGAAAGAAAAUGAUUUCGGCUUUCUACUCA